AUGCCAAACAAAGCGCAGCAGGCUUUGCAGCUUCAGAUGCGACAGCUGGAGCUAAAACAAUUGGCGCUACAAGUGAAGUUGAAGCGACGGCAAGAGGAACAAGCCAAAGAGGUGGAGAAGGUUCUUGCAGCUAAGCAGCACCAACUUGAACGCGAACGACAACACGCCUUCCUGAAGGCUCGCGAGAGGCGGCGCGGUUUGGACUUUAGUCCAGGAGGAACAGUUCCAUCUCCUCGAGCUCAUGGUCAACGGUCGCCAGUCGAGUCUGCUGAGGAGCUCGUGGAAGACAGCGACGGCUCUUCACCGAGGCGAUUGGAGAUCAGUGUCCGAGAUGCACGUGCAAUAGAAAAGGAGAGAGAGAAGGCCGCAUACAAGGCUCUGAUGACGGAGCAAACUGCGCGUCGUGAAGUCGCCGCAAAGGAGGAGGCGGCCAAGCGAGAACAGGCUGCCAGGAGGAUACAGGCGUUUAGGCGUGCCAGCCAGGCGCAGCGACAAAAGGCGCGUGCGACGUCCGAUCGCCUGCAUCGUCCACCCCGCGAGAAAGGCUCUCAACAUGACAAGGUUGCACCGGGAACGAGCCGAAGCAUCAGUCCCCAAAAACGACGGGAAGAGGCAUCACCAGGCAGUGGGCGAGCUGCCUCGGAAUCCUUGCGCUUGCCCAGACAGGCCGUUCCUCCACGAAACCGGGCUCAGCGAGGGGGCUCUACGUCUCGUUCACCCACGCUGCAAGUUAGACAAGAAGGUGCCGCUGCGCCUGCACAGAGGCCGACACGCCCAGGUUUCAGCCCGAGAGGGGGGCCUCCGAGAUCCCAGAGCCCGUGUACAGAAGGCACCAGACGUGCUCGAACACCAUCCAGCUUGUCCCCAUCACAAAGUCCUCAUGGCAGACGCCACGGUCGUCGGCGGCAGCCGCAUGGUCCUUCAUCCCACAGUCCAAGCCCGCAAAGCCAGCAGCGUCUGCGAAGUCCCUCCCGGCUCGAUGGUGCAGCAUCAAGCUCAUCGCCAAUUUUCCUGCUUCCGAACCCUCCCUCCCCACUGGAUCAGCAUGAAGGUGAGAAAUUUCGGCCUCCAUGGCUCCCGCCCGGCUCGCCAGAGCACCAGGUGCGCAGAGACCUCGAUGGCAAGCCGACGUCUCCGCGGCAGAGGAGCACAGGACAUCGUGUUCGGAUGGCUGAGGAGCAGGCUAGCAGCGGAGUGCUCCGCAGCGCGUCGCCUAUGGAGGUCACGUUUGCGGCACCUGACCGUGUACCUACACGGGCCGCGUCGCCGACAACUUGGAGAAGCAAGCACCCAGGUGUUGCAUGUCAUCGAGACCAAUUUGUGCAGAACCCAAUACCUUUUCGAAGCCAGGGCCAUGUGCUGCCAAGCGCGGAGGAAGCGGAGCGCAUGCUGUCCCCGCUGAUGGGAGCUUGCCAUCCUGAACCGCCAGCAAGAGAGGCUGAAGAGGGGCCAGCGCGGCCUUCUCCACGUUCUCCACGCUCUCCGGAUAGGUCUGGAGGAACUGGCAUGGCUUGGUGGGUGGACUUUGAGGGCUCGGGUCCUCCUCCAAAGGAUCGCGUGGCGCAAGAGCAACCUGGUGUUGGCAGGACAAGCCCAGCCCCAGCCAGCAGCCGAAGCUUGCGUGGGCAGCCACCAUGCGAGCCGGUGGAGCGGAGGAUUGCAGAGAUGGCAAGGAUUGGAGAGGAAGGGAAAGGGGCAUUGGGCCGGGCUUACAUCGAGACGGAGGCAUUGCGCGGUGGAAAGCUAAACCCAGUCGGCUGGAGUGAGGUCCCGUCAGUUGGAGAGAACUUUGCGCAUCGACUUGGCAUGUUGCAGCAAGAAGAUGUCACGCCGCCUGUGCCUUCUCGCAAUCCCUCAGAGCUGUGGGAGCUGCGCGUUCAAAGAACCAACUCCCAGCUGGAGAAGCUUCGGGAAGUAGAGCGGCGCAGAAAAGAGACAUCGCCGGGUAGCAGAGCGUUCACCUUCGGUCCUUCUGCGAGGCGCCAGGCAGAUUCUCCGCGUCGGAGCCACAGUCCCAAACGGACGCCUGCCUUCGGCACCAGUGAUCCCGUGAUUCCUUCAAGAAAGAUCAUCCAGAAGUACUCGGACUAUUUCGUUUCCUCUCCGAGCAAUAAGAAGAUGAACAGUGACACGGAGGCAUCGCGAGAGGCUUCGCCACCUAGAGCGGCAGGAGCUGAUGCGAGUCCGAAACUGCAUUCCAAGUCCCCUGUGGUGUACCCACGCUCGCGCGAAGUGCAUGGAUGGCAAGCGGCUGGGUUCGAAGCCGCCAGCGUGUACAAGGGCUUGCGCAAUGCCGCGGGCCUUCGCGAGGGAUGGGGCGUCCUGAACCAGAAGGAUGGGAGCACCUACGCCGGUCAGUGGGUGUCAGGCAAGCGGCAUGGGGUGGGCACACUCGUUUUUGAUGGUGGCAUCUUCGAGGGGCAGUGGGCCCGGGGCGAGGCAUCUGGAAGUGGGCUUGUUCGUUUUACCAACGGUGACAAGUUCGAGGGCCAGUAUGCUGGGAAUCGAAAGCAUGGGUUUGGCACCUACUGCUGGGCCGAUGGUGCAGCGGAGGAGGGCCAGUAUUUUAAUGGCCGCAAGGUUGAGUGGCACACGUGGUCUCAAGGGCCUUCGCAGUGGAAGCUACGCUAUGACAAUGGUGCCGUGGUCGAGGCACAGCAGGUGACCGGGAAGGAGAGGCCGAGUCGCUCCGUUGGAGCCUAUCCACGGGCCAAGGAGCCACGGCUCUCGCCCUUCGGAAACUCGGAAAGGUCUCCUAAGCCGAAGACGCCGACCCCAAGGCCCAGGAAAGCUCCACAAGCUCAACAGCAAGAUGAGGAUCGCUCCGGCUCGCCUGCGCAGAGCUUGAUUGCCGAUCUGCAACCUCAGGAGCCUGGACGGCCAGCCUUGAGCCAGGCACGAGCGCCGUUCGCCGGCACGGAAGGGCGACAACAGGCUGUCGUGGGAACGAGUACUGCGAGUAGUGCAAGUGCCGGGAAGUCUCCGGAGGCUCUGCAACGCAUGGCGCUGGCCAUAUCCAAGGUCAACAGCCUUUACCGACAAGUGGCUCUUCCUGCCGAAGCUCAUGAGUCGUUCUAA